AUGUUCUCCAGAAAACGCGCAGAGACUGUGAACAUCACAGCAGAACCUAGAAUCGUGGGCGUCAGUGGCAACUGGAAAGGAAAUGAUGGAGACUGGUCAACCUUCUACAUCAACGUCGGAGAUAAGGACAAUAACGGGGGCGGCCAAAACUUCGAGAUUCUUCCUUCUACGCAGCUCGGCGUGACUGUUCUACCAUAUACGACCGAAUGGUGCGAUACUGACUGUGCCGCAAGUCGUGGUGUGGGCAUAGUCAAUGGGAAUCAAGAGACAGGUGUGGUGAUAAGUCCUGACUCCACCACGUGGAAGGGAGCAGGAACCUUCGAUGUGGCUGUCCCAGCCUUGUACAAUGUAACGGACGACGGGGGUAUAUACGGGCUCGACUACCUUGGCAUUGGCAAAGGUUCGAAAGACAGUUACGUUGCGCCAGAGGUGUUGAUUGCGGCCUCGAAAUCCGAGGACUUCUACCUGGGACAACUUGGCCUCUCAGCUGGGGCUACUAAUGCAGGGGGUGGGAAGGGCAAUAUCGCAUCUUUCAUCAACAAGUUCAACGACAGUUCCGUUCCCGUAAUUCCGAGUAUGUCUUAUGGAUAUGCUGCGGGUGCCAAAUAUAAAAGAAAUGGGAUCGGUGUUCUUGGAAGCCUCGUGCUUGGCGGCUACGACGAGACGAGGAUCAACCCGGACAAUCAGGUUUCGAUCAAGAUGCCAAGCGUUCAAAACAAUUCCCUCAUCGUCGGAGUGCAGUCUAUAUCGUACACACCGCAGUCGGGUGUUAAUCCAAUCGCGAUUUCGUUCACGGAGGAUAACGUCAAAGGCUUCUCUGCAACAAUAGACUCGACAUUUCCGUACCUAUGGCUUCCCGACGCGGUCUGCGAUCAUUUUGCCGAAAACUUCAAUCUGAAUUACAAUAAGACGACCAACUUCUACACGCUAAACGAGACUGGUGCCGCAAACAAUAAACAGCAAAACGCUACGGUUCAAUUCAAGAUUGGAAGCGGUCCGUUCGAUAGUGGACCUAGCUAUACGACGAUCUCCUUGCCGUGGACGGCAUUCGAUCUGACAUACACGGAGCCAAGUGAUAAAGAUGAUUCAACCAAGUACUUCCCAAUCAAAAAGUCUCCGACUGGAGUGUUUGUUCUCGGUCGUACUUUGCUACAAGAGGCAUACAUCAUUGUGGACUACGAGCGCACCAACUUCACUGUCUCGCAGGCUCCUCCCUUGAAUGAUUCGCCGGCUGAACAGCCGGUUGCCAUUCACGGUCCAUAUUACGUCGCACCUACCCCAACUCCGCUUCCUACGGGAGGCGGUAGCAAAGGUCUGUCUGGAGGAGCGAUUGCAGGCAUCGUCAUUGGUAUCUUAGCUGUGGCUCUGGGCGCGGCCUUUGCUAUCUUUAUAUGGUGGAAGAAGCGGCGAGAGCGCAGAAAUGCUCCGCCAGCCUACAAGGAAGCCGCCGAGAUCGACACCUCUACCGCCGGGGACCAGAUCAAGCACCGCCGCGUUUCCGAGCUCGACUCUCAGCCUCCAGGUGCGCCGAAACCAACAGGUCUUGGUGGAUUCUACGGCGACGAGCGUGACCGCAAAGACCUCAGUCCCUUCCCAACGAUCAGCGAGAUGGAUAGUCCUCCUGCAGAACUCUACAGUCCUCCAACGAUGGCAGCCACUCCUCAUAGCGAAGGCAGCGGUGCCGACUAUUUCACUACCGGCGCCAAAUUGGGUCGCCGCGGCGCAACACGAGAAGCAUCGGCGAACAAUACGCCUGGUGCAUCGCCGCCCUUCACACCGAUUGCAGAACUACCCGGCGACGACGGCGGCUAUGCAGUAGGUGGCCAGCACUUCGAUCCCGUCUCUGGCUCAAAAGGAAGUCCCAAUUUGAGCAGCGGGUCUGUUGCCAAACGCGAUCCCAGCGGAACACGCUCGCGAAACAACAUCGACGAAGUCAUGAAACGGACCUCCGCCGAGCCUUCGCCCACACGACCCGCGAAGGACGGGCCCGACACCGAAGGGAUGGACAAGAAGACGGACGCAGACGCAGGAGUGGCAGAAGGCGAGCGUCGUCCGUCGCACACGCGCGGGGCGAGUGACGCCACGGUUCAGAGCGAUACUACGGUGGUGUCGCAGCCCACGCCUGACGAACUGGAGCGGUGGGCGCUCGCGGAGGAUGGGCAGCCUCGGCGGCCGCUGUCUGAAUGA